AUGGAGAUGCCCCUGGCCCAGAUAGGCCUCCCAGGGAGUUAUGAAGUCCCUGCCCCAACCUUCAGCACUUUCCAGACCAUGGACUUGACCCGCCAGAGAUGCCCGAGCUCGGGCUUUCUCCAGGCAUCUCCCUGGACCCCAGAGACUGCUUCUGUCCCAGGGAAUACUGAGAAGGCCGAAGAGGUGCCCGGGGAAGAUGGCCUGUCCCUGCAGGCAGAGAUCCUUGCUUGGUUCCAGAAGACCCAGGCCCACUGGCUCCUGCAGCAGGGGACAGCACCAGCCUGGUUCCAUGGCUUCAUCACCCGGAGGGAGGCCGAGAGGUUGCUGGGGCCCCAGCCUCAGGGAUGCUACUUGGUGCGGUUCAGCGAGAGCGCCGUGACCUUCGUGCUGACCUACAGGAGCCGGACUUGCUGCCGCCACUUCCUGCUGGCCCAGCUCAGGGACGGGCGCCACGUGGUGCUGGGCGAGGACAGCGCCCACGCGCAGCUGCAGGACCUGCUGCAGCACUACACCGARUGUCCACUCAGCCCCUACGGGGAGACGCUCACCAGGCCGCUCGCCCGCCAGACUCCUGAGCCUGCAGGGCUGUCCCUCAGGACUGAAGAGUCAGACUCUGGAAGCCACAGUCAGAACCCAAGCCCCCAGCACAACCCAGACAUGAAACAGGGSCAGGCUCCAGCCCUACCGCACAAAGAGGGGGCCUGGGAGCCCAAGGAGCCCACUCAACCGCCCAGGACCAAGCCUCCCGUCCCCGCCAAACCUCAACUGCCCCCGGAACUCUACACGAGCCCCGCCCCGCGACCCCGCCCAGUCCCACCCCCCAAACCCACCCACCCCAUCUACCAAGAGCCCGAGGAACCCAUCGCCUUCUACGCCAUGGGCCGGGGCAGCCCUGGGGAGGCCCCCAGCAACAUCUAUGCCGAGGUGGAAGGUCUGUCAGCGACGGCGUCCGCUGGGCAUCGCGUCCUCCGCAAGUGCCUAUCCAGRCCUGUCCCAGGAGGCCAGAAUCCAGGUGGUCCACAGAGGCACCCUGAGAAUUCUGGGGCUGGACAAGGCCCUCCCCUGCCUCAGCAGCCUCCACUCCCCUGGAGGCACACCCUUCCCCACAACCUCUCUAGACAGGUGCUUCAGGACUGA